UGCAAUACGUCUUGCCCCAUAAUGAGAACCCUAUUUUGUUGAUCUCGUUGCGAUGACAACAAAAAGGAUAUCGAAUAUAUUUGCAUACAUUAAAUAUCAUACAGAAACGGUGACAGCAAAAUCAAUAUGGCGAACUGCCGAAAAAGGACGAAUAUUCCGUUUAUCCUUACAUUUUUAACACAGGCGUAUUUGGUUAACAGUAAAAUUAUUUCAGGUGAAAUAAAUACUCGUGAGGAUUGGGCAUUUAUGACCAGAUUUUGCUUUAAAGAUUCGUACGGUCAAAUGCAGUAUCAUUUGGAAUAUCCAGAGGAUUAYAAAGUACAGAAUAUUUUACUUUAUUUUGAUACUCAAUGGCCGAAAACKUAYCCUCAGCCGAGUAAGACUUGUAUAGAAAAAGAGGAUGAGCUWUACAGGGGGAACAAUCAAGUGAUAAAUUUAACAUUAACCUAUCACUGGUCUGGUUGUAAUCUUGAAACAARAAAUGACGUAAAGACCCUUGUUUGUAAAGGCGAUAGGAGAUUUUUGUCAUUGAGAGCUCGCUGGUGGUAUAUUGCUAUUAGUAACUGUAAAUCCACCAAGGGUUUGAAAAUCAAGUAUUUUUUCAAUCUAACAAAUGGAGAAACAUUCUGGAAUAUGCACUUUUCGGCAGAUGAAAGAGAAAUUAUCAAGACAGACAUCUUUUUCCUCAUAAUGUUUGCCAUCCUUGUUUUGCUAUCAUUACAUGUAGCUUAUUUAUUAGUGACAAGAAGAUUGUUUCAUUACACAUUUAAGUUAUUUAUUUGGUCAGAAGUACUAGAAUCAAUUGAAAUAAUGAAUGAUUUGGUAUAUAUCAGGGGGCGAAUCAGCAGCUCUGGUCAAGUAAAACUCAGUGCAUUUUGUACUUUAUAUGCUGUGUGCUUUGCAGUUCUGUUUAUUUAUGAAGCAGCGGUAUUUGACCCAGGUAAAGUCCUUUAUACAUACGAGAGUCCUGCAGGAAUUGGAAUAUGUGUUCUUAGAGUCAUUGCAUGGCUGUGGUUCUGUUAUGGUACAUUUUUCACAUUAAAACAUUAUCCAAGCAAAUCACCAUUUUAUUAUCCAUUUUGGUUCUUCUAUACAGCAUGGUUUUUGGCAGGUCCUGUAAUAGUAAUAAUUUCAACAUUUGUAAUUGUGUCAUGGGCAAGAGAGCAAGUUGUCAAUGGAAUAGACUGGACAGUCUCAUUGUUGGCUCACUUCUUUUUUUUGAUUAUCACAAGACCAACUCAAGCAAACCGAAAYUUUCCAUUUCACAUAAGAACAAAUCAGAUUGGAAUAAUCAAUACUCCAACUCCGUCACCUCAGUCUGUUAGUCUACAAAAUGGUUCAGCAGCAUAUCCUUCAUAUUCACCAUCAUAUCCUCCCCCUUCCUAUGGGCAAGCCACCAACAACUUUACUGAUAUUGCAUCCAUGUUUACAGCUAGUUCUUUACCAAAACCAGUUACAUCACCACAAGGUUUAUAUAGAAAUGGUGGCAUUAAUUCUGCUGCAACACCAAAUGGUUCUUAUCCAAUGAUGCCACUUGCUCCUCAACCAAGAGAARCAACCAAUGGUUCUUAUCCAAYAAUGCAACCAGCUCCUCAACCAAGAGAAACAGCAAAUGGUUCUUAUCCUAUGAUGCUAGCAGCUCCUCAACCAGAACAACCAAGAGAAUCACCUUCAUAGUCUGCACCACAUAUUUAGAGUGUCAAUAAAUGGGUUAGGCUGCAAGCCACCAUUUUGUUAAUUUUGGUUUGUAAAUAAUUUGGAAAUUUACCAGGACUGUCUACUCGGCGCUGACUGAUGCAUUUGGUUCAGUGACAGACUAACAUUUACUGUAGUAACCAUCCCUUUCUUGUUUUAACACAUAGAAUAAUUAAAGUGUUUUCCUAGACUUGUGAACUUGAUAUGGUUUACCUUGUAAAAAAUUUUAAGUGGAUGAUUCUUAAUGAAAAGAGUGGGGUGACUCUCAAAUGAUAUAACAUUUUAAAAAAGUUCAAUUUUAUGUCUCUUUGGUGUUUUUUUCUAAAACAAAAAGCCAAAGGUUUAUAUUUUAACUUGAAAAAGAAGAAUUAUUUUUAUUUUUGCAGUCAUCCUGCCAUUUGAUACGAGGAAGCCACCCAGUACAUAAUUAGCAUUAAAUAGUAAUAAAUUAAAUUACAGCACUUAUAGUCUAUGGCGAUCAAUAAUGAUUGAGCAACUCUAAAACCAUGGAACAUGAACCAUAUAAAUCAAGUAUAUAUAAUAGGUAUUUCAUGAAUAAGUGUAUAAAUGUCAAAUAUCYCAUAAAGGCACAAUAGAAUUGUACUGUGUAAAUGGUUAUAGGACUAUAGACUUAUGAUGCAACACUUGUUUUAAGCCUGCUCUUAGUACAUUUCCCCUACCCCCAUACAUUGGUCUGUAAUGCCUUGAAGUCAAUUAUUUCCAUGUUGUAGUAGUGAGAUACAUAUUAGUAUUGAUUGACAUGUUGAGUUGCAUAAAUUAUUGGCCUUCAGAUUUGGCAAAGCAUUCUGGUAUAGUCAUAGUUAAUCAUGUCAUUAUGUAAAUGACUUAUCUAUUGUAAAUAGAAUUCAAUAAUGUAAAAAUGCACCAUAUAUCAUACACACUAUGAACACAUUCUCAAAAAUAAAAAAGUCAUGAUACAUUUA